AUGAGCCUGUUCAACAAAUUUUUCGGAGGCAUGAAGCAAGAAGCUUCGAUUACUCUACAAGAAUCUAUUCAAAAACUUCGGGAAACAGAAGAUAUUCUUGAGAAGAGACAAGAAUUCUUGAAGAAACAAAUUGACGACGAAAAGCAUAAUGCCGUGAAGUAUGGAACGAAAUACAAGCGGAUGGCUCUCCUGUGUUUGAGUAGGAAGAAAGAUUUCGAGAAGCAGUUGAUCCAUAUUGACGGAGUUUUGGCUACUCUCAAACAUCAGAGAGAAACCCUCGACAAUGCUUCAACGAAUGCUGAAGUUCUUACGGUUAUGAAACUUGCCGAGCGAUGCUUUGAAAGCGGUUCAUAAUGACAUGGAUAGCGACCAAGUUCGUGAUUUGAUGGAUGACAUAGAUGAACAACGAGAAGUGGCGAAGGAAAUCGCGGAUGCUAUUUCAAACCCUGGCUUUAACAACGCAAUUGACGAGGCCGAAUUUGACGAGGCCUUGCUGCGCGAGUUGGUGGAAUUUGAACAGGAAGCACUUGACAAAGAUUUCAUUGAUGCGAGAGCUCCCCCAGUCACGCUUCCGGAUACUCCCAAUAUUGCACUUCCAGCCUCCAGACCGAGAGCUAAAGAAGCUGACAAGGAUCUAGAAGACCUCGAAAGUUGGGCAAACUAA